AUGGCUCGUACCAAGCAAACUGCCCGCAAGUCGACUGGUGGCAAGGCCCCUCGUAAGCAGCUCGCCACAAAGGCUGCCCGUAAGACGGCCGUCCCCGCCACGUCUGGUGUGAAGAAGCCUCACCGCUUCAGGCCCGGAACAGUCGCUCUUCGUGAAAUCCGUCGCUACCAAAAGUCGACUGAGCUCCUCAUCCGCAAGCUCCCCUUCCAGCGUCUCGUCCGUGAGAUCGCUCAGGACUACAAGACCGACCUCCGCUUCCAGUCGUCUGCCGUCCUCGCCUUGCAAGAGGCCGCCGAAGCAUACCUUGUCAGUCUUUUCGAGGACACCAACCUUGCCGCUAUCCAUGCCAAGCGUGUCACCAUUCAACCCAAGGAUCUCCAACUCGCUCGUCGUCUCCGUGGCGAACGUGGUGCCAACUAA